AUGCUGUCCCCCACGUCCGGCACCCUCUCUGCCUUGCGCAGGCUCUCAACCAGCUCCUGGCGAGCCCCGGCUCCGUCCCCUUGCUCUCCCCCGACUCGCCGGCGGUUCAGCUCACGCGCCUCGCGCCAGCUGCUCGAACACCCCAGCUUCGCGUUCUGGCCCGCGUUCUUCUCGGAGCCCGAGCAGCGCGUCCUCCUCCGCGCCGCGCUCCAGAAGCUCGACGGCCAAGAGAGACCCAGAGCGCGACGGCGCCAGCGCGACCAUCUCCGCGCGCACGCGCCGCACGAACCGCCGCGGACGGGCACGCCCCCGGCCGAGUUCUGCCCGGACGAGCUGUACACCUUCCAAGAGGCGCGUCGCCCCGCCCCGCCCCGUCGCCCCGGCCCCGGCCGCCCGCGCGCUGACGGCCACUACGACGGCGUCAUCCGGCGCUACCGCGAGAUGCUUGUCACCGCGUGGCCGGAGGACGCGCCGGAGGUCCGCCCACUGCUCGAGCGCCUCCGCCGCCUGCACCCCGCCGUGGACACCCACACCCACCUCCUCCACCUCGCGUCCGACGGCCAGAUCGACCCGCAUGUCGACCAUGUGGACGCGUUCGGCUCCUGGAUCCUGGGCGUGUCCCUCGGAGACGAGCGCACGCUCCGCCUCCAGAGCCACCACGAGGGCGGGGGCGAGCCCGUGCGGUACGAGCUCGCCCUGCCGUCCGGGAGCGUGUACAUGCAGAGGUGCGCCGGUCCGUCCCCGUCGUCCCAGGCGGCGACUAAUGCCCCCGUGCUGCGAACGCGCAGGGACGAGCUACGUUAUCAUUACACGCACGCCAUCCUGCCCGCACACCCAUCCCGGGCAGCCAGCGGCGGGCAGCGCGUGAGCAUCAUGAUCAGAGACCGCCUGCCCCCGGGAAGCCCACCCACGGCACCGUCGUGA